AUGACGCUGCCAGCUGCAUCACGAGCUGGCGCAGGCCAGUCGGCAGCUGUCGCUGCGGCGGGCGCGGCGGUCCUGCAGUCGGCCUGGUGGGCAGUGGGGCUGGCGGCGGUGGUGGGGGCUCUGAUUGGCGGCCUGCUGUCUUACUUUGGCGUUCCCCAGGCCGCGGCCAGGCGGCUCCGAUUUCGAUUGUACGCACCUGACAUGUCUAGCUUGACGCUCGCCCAGCAGCAGCAGCAGCAGCAGCAGCAGCAGCAGCAGCAGCAGCAGGAGCAGCAGAUGAUGGACCUGCUGGGCAAGCCAGACCUGAAGCUCUACACCAACCCAGCAUCGCGCGGCACCAUCGUUAACUGGUACCUCCAGGAGCUGGGCGUGGAGGCGCAGCAGCUCGACCUGGACUUCAAGGCGAAGGAGCACAAGGACCCGGAGUUCCUGAAGGUCAACCCCUUUGGGAAGCUGCCCGCCCUGUCAGACGGCGGCUUCAACCUGUUUGAGAGCGGCGCCCUGCUGCUGUACCUGGCUGAUAAGUACCCCCUCAAGAGCGGCAUCUGGACGCCGCAGCAGCGCGCGGCCGCCGCCCAGUGGACGCUCUUCGCCAACAGCACCCUCGCCAACUCCGCGUUUGUGGAGCAGUUCAGGGAGAAGUCCUUCCCGGACGUUUUCGGCAGCCUGGACAAGGUCCUGGCCGAGAGGGAGUACCUGGAGGGCGGGAAGUUCUCGGUCAGCGACGUGGCUGUCGGGUGA